AUGGUCACCAAUAGAGCAAAAUCUUCAUAUCAAUGCCCUGGAAGCUCUAGCAGUAUUCAAAGUACUCAAAUACCUCAAGGACCCUCAGAAAAGUUAAUAGGAAUGAUGUUAGACAAUCUUACUACAGUAACCUAUCUAAACAAUCAAGAAGGUACUGUAUCUCUGGUAGUUAGCAAAAUAAUAGAAUCAAUAUGGGACUUUGCUUUAGAAAAAUCAAUAAGAAUACAUGCAGUUCACAUACCAGGCAAAAACAACAUACUGGCAGACUGGGA